UCCUCGUGGAUUACACAUGUGCGUUUCGGAGAGGGAGACGACAUCAAUAUAAGCGAGUGCGCGAUGGAGAGACAGCAAAGAGGUCAGCAACAAGUGUCAGUGAAACGAUUAAGUGUCCUCCUCUUAGGUAAAUAAAAAGGGGGUGAAGUGGCCGCUGGACAAGGGCCUUUAAGCAGUUGAUGUAAGAAAUAAUUCAAGAAAUGUCUCCAACGGCGAUCGCUGUUCUGUAUCGUAGGUGGAGAAUCUCAUGAAACCAAGAAUCAUAGUUCAACCUCCAUUGGUUCAAUCCUGAGACACCAUAAUGGAAGAGGAGAGGAUCAUUCGAGGGCCUCCAGGGCCUGAGCUAAGCAAUAUCAGUGUUGGGCAAUUAAUCCUGCAGCAACUUCAAACGAGUCCACUGCGAAUAGUGCAGGUUGAUGCCUACACCGGAAAGAUUCAAACAAGUCACGAUUUAUUAGAAAAAAGUGUGAGACUAGCUGUUGCCCUUGAAGAAUGGGGAUUGAAGUCACAUGAUGUAGUGGCAAUAUCAAGUGAGACCCAGUUGAAUUGGUUCGUUGCAGCUUGUGCAGCAAUGUAUCUUGGUAACUGUGUUGCUCCUUUCAAUCCAGCCUACGCCGAAAAUGAGAUUCACCACACUCUUAUGAUCUCGAAACCCCGUAUAAUUUUCGUAUCACGAAGGACGUCUGCAGCUAUACGUCGAGUUGCGUCGACACUGCUUUGGGAGCUUAAGAUAAUUCAACUGGACGAGGAAAAUCCGAUAGAGGAUAUCGUUACAGUACGCGAAAUGAUUUCAGGGGAGAGGCAAUGGCCUGAUCCUCAUCGUUAUCAGGCAGUUGUAGUGGAUGAAUCGUCUACGAGGGAAGCCGUUAUUCUUUGCUCCAGCGGCACUACCGGUCUGCCAAAGGGCGUUAUGCUAUCCCAUAAAAAUAUUCUGGCAGCUCAUCGAUGCACCUUUUUGGUGGACCUUGUAUCAAGUAGCUAUGGGAUUCCAGUGGUCAUGUUCAUAGUCCCACUUUUCCACGGUUAUGGGUUUGCCAUGAUGCUCACCGUGAUUUACAGCAAUGCCAUAGCAGUCAUGAUGAAGUCAUUCGAGCCAAAAGUCUUUUGCGAGGCAAUCCAGAAAUACCGGGUGACGUUGAUCCCUCUAGUGCCACCCAUCAUGGGGUUCCUGGCGAAGCAUCCGAUAGUCGACACCUACGACUUGAGCUCUGUGAAGGAAAUUGUCUCCGGAGCAGCGCCUCUCUCCGCCGAGGUAGUACAAGCUGUUCGACAACGAAUGCCGAAUAAGAAUAUCGUCAUCAGAAACGGGUACGGAAUGACAGAAUCAUCCAUAAUAACGCAUAUGUCUGAUCGCUUUACCAAAAAACCUAAUACAUUGGGUCCUGUUAUAACGGGAGUUCAAAUGAAAGUCAUUGAUCCGGAAACGGGGAAGUGUCUCGGCCCCAACGAAACUGGUGAACUAUGCUUCGGGGGUGAUCACGUCAUGAUGGGAUACAAGGGUGACCCUCAAGCAACAGCAGAAACUAUUGAUUCCACUGGUUGGCUUCACAGCGGUGAUCUUGGUUACUACGAUACUGAUGGCGAACUGUUUGUCGUUGGACGACUCAAGGAGCUCAUCAAAUAUAAAGGAUUUCAAAUUGCACCAGCGGAAAUUGAGAAUCUUCUGAUGUCACACGAUCAGGUGGAAGAUGCCGCUGUGGUUGGGAGGAAUGAUGACAUUGCUGGAGAAAUACCUUUGGCAUUUGUUGUUAGGAAGAAAGGGGCUAAAAUUACGUCUGAGGAACUCUGUAAAUUCGUUAACGAUCAAUUAUCGGUUCAGAAACAUCUGCGGGGUGGUGUCAGAUUCAUCGAAGCAAUACCGAAAAAUCCAGGGGGCAAGAUUCUACGUCGAGAACUUCGAAAAUUACUUUCCAAGCUGUAAAACUCAAGUGAACAAGUGCAUGUGUUUGUUCAUCCCAGUAGUUCUCCUUAGUGAUCAAUGAGUAAUUUCCUUCUGCAUAGACACUCUAGAUUCAAAUAGAGCAGGAUCAGUGCGCCAUCGCGCGCCCUUAGUGUCUGGUGAUUUUGAAUUACGCGAUAUAAACGCGGACCAAUGAGGAAGAGAUGUGACAGAAUUUUUUUCUCCUAAUUCUACUUCUCUUAGCUCUCAAAAAAUUACAAAAAUUUUGAUAUCACUUGGACGUGUCUAGAAACUAUCAAUGGAAACCCCCACUAAAAAUACGCAAAGCAGGUAAAAAAGUGACAACUUUAAGCUUAAACGGAUAAGAAGGUCAAAACUGAGCGUCAAAAAUCACACGGAACGUCUUCAAGUAUAUACUCUAAAUCACUCGGGGCUUUUUCCGAAUUUCCCGAGAUCUUCCAAAUUUAUCGUUACCGAUUUAUGCUGAUGCGGCGCUGCACUUUUGCGCGACCAACGAAGUGUUAAAGUAGAUUUAGCCCCGAUGGGGCUCUGCAGCUUUAUAGAUUUUCAGUUUUUGUUUCCGAAUGAAAGCCUUAUUCAAUCUUCAAAUGAAACUGCACGAGGAAAAAUUGAAAAAAAUAAUCCUCACUCAUUAUAAUCGGUAUGAAAUUCCAUUAACAUUUUUUUACAUUUCAUUAUUAUGAAUAAAUAAUGAACUUUGUUUACAAUAGGUUGUAUCUGUCAUUAUAUGACUAAAACAAGCCUUUAUAAAGCAAUGCCGGUUCCAAA